AUGGUUAAUUUUUUAAAUAAGAUUGUUGGUAAAUUAACAAAACAUGAUUGGGGUCCGGGACAAUCUUUAAAUGAAGAUCGUUCAAAUGAGGCAGCUCUUCCUGGUGGAAUGAGAAAUCCUCAACAACAAGGAGUUGCAGCAGUACCAACUAGACAUGGUGGAUUAAGUGAAGCAGCUGCUAGAGCAAGAGAAGCUGCUUUAGCUAGAAUUGAAGCACAAAGACAACGUAAUCGUCCCCAAAGAGGAGGUAUUAUUGAUCGACAGAUCGCUGUUCAACGUCAUGAGGAACAAAAUAUUGAAAUUAUUCCACCAAGACAUGAUGAAGUUAUUGGACCACAAGAAGGUGAGAGUGCAGAUGAACAAAUGGAAGGUGAGGAACUUAGUCUUAAUAAUAGUUAUGGCCAUGGUAAUAUAAAUAGAAAUUUUCCACGUGACAAUGGUAGUGGUGAUGGGUCAAAUGGAAGUAUCGGAGAAACUGAUGACAGAGAUGUAAGUAUGACUGAUAAUUCAUUUGUUUUGGAAUCAAAAGUUAAAUCAGUUAACUUUCUUAUGCAAAAACAAUUAUAUAAAUUUAUAAUUGGUAGAUUAGAUAUAGGUAGCUACACAAGAGAGUAUGAUUUAGAUUUUAACUAUAAUUGUCGAUCACCUGAAGAGUGUCACCAAGAAGAUUUACGCCGUAUUGCUGCUAUCGAUUAUCAAUUGAGUGAAUUAACUGAUGCUGGAACAUUAGAUGUCACUCACAAUCCUCAUUUUGAAGAUAUGGAUUAUCUUUUAUUGAAAAUUUUGUUUCCAAAUUUUACUACACUUUAUAUUUGUAUGAGAAAAGAAGAUAAGCUUAACUACUUGAUCCGUCAUCUUAGAGACAUUCUUACUUAUGAUCUCCCAUUUUUUCUUGAGAUCCCAGUUUCACCAUUAAAAAAGAAAAUUAAGUCUGAGGACAAUAAUCUUGAAGUAUUUAAGAUUCAUGGUCUUUUUCCAUGCGGCUUAGUUUAUUUGAAGUAUGACAAUGAAAUUCAAGAUCAAAUUGAAGCUGCUAACGAAGGAAAAGAAUUUGAUUACGUUAAACCAAAUUUUUAA